UGGGCUUCGAAAGCAUCGAGCUCCGAAAGAAUCGAUAUGAGCAAAGAAAAGAAUGACAACAGCCCAGCAGACAAAGGGAAGAAAGGGAAAGCGGUGCAUGUCUUCUUCCAUAAGCUGUGUGCAUCUGUGAAGCGUCCAGACAGAGUGCUCCGUCUCCCAGCACAGACGGACGCUCAUCUGGACGACCCUGAGGUGAUGGCUGUCCCGGGUCCUUCGACCAUUCCUGAUCUGCUGUGUCUGCCGGGUCAGGUGUGUGCAGAUCUGGAGCACUCCUCUGGGAUCAGAGAGCCAAAGCUUCAUCCAGAUCCAUUUGCUCUCAGUCUCUGUCACAAAGAAGCUAAGAAAGGAAGGAAGAGGAAAGCGGUCUGUGCAUUCUUCCGGAGAGCAUGCAAGGCUGUGAAGCAGCUCUUCUCCUGCUGCGACUCGGAAAGAGUCCGGCCUCCUAAAGCAGAGCCGGAUCUGGACCCAUCCCAGGACUCUGCAGACCUCCAGUCAUCUCCUGAGGAAGAAGGUCCCUCUGAGAUCCAGGCCCACGAUGAAGAUCUGUCGGGUCCAGUGUCUGGUUCAGAGUCAGGUUCAGAGUCCGGUCCAGUGACCGGUUCGUGGUCGAUCGUGUCAGAAACGGGUUCAGUGUCGAUCGUGUCAGAAAUGGACACAGUGUUGCCUGAUCCGGAAAUCGAGCUAGCUCAAGGAUCCUUUGUGUCUUUGUUCGAAGUGGGACAUCUGAUCGCAUCAGGGAACUUCAGCAAGGUCUAUGAGGGAACACACGCAUUCAGCGACAAAGUGAAGGUUGCUCUGAAGUGUAUCCCCAAGCGCAGAGCAGACCGCUAUCUUGAUGUUCCUGGUCACUCCGAACCUUUGCUCGCUGAAGUGGCUCUGAUGCUGCGGCUGGGAGAAGCUCCAUCGUGCCUCAACAUCUUGGAGCUACACCAGUGGCUGGAGGACGAGAGCAGCUUCACUCUCAUCUUGGAGUACCCUGAACCCUGCAGGACCUUGGAGGAUUACAUCUUGUUCUCCGGCCCCUUUAGUGAGGCACAAGCACACUUGUUUAUGCUUCAGGUGCUUAAGGCAGUCAAACACUGCCACGAGCGUGGAGUUUAUCAUGGUGAUAUCCGCUCGAGGAACAUCCUGGUGACUCUCCACAGUCUGGAGCUUAAGCUCUUCGACUUCCGCUGCGCUCGUCUUAUCAACAGCGAGGGCUUUGACAGCAGCCAAUACCAAGGAUCAGACGCAUACACCCCUCCUGAGGUCCUCGGCCUGUCCAUGUUCCACGCCGCAGCAGCAGACGUCUGGGUGCUAGCUGUCCUCCUCUUCGAGAUUAUUCACAGAUAUCUGCCCUUCGAAAGCUUUGAUGCCAUUCUGCACGGCUACCUCAGGAUGGAUCCCACCUUAUCCACAGCGUGCUGUGACCUGAUCUUCCACUGCUUGAGCCGUAAUCCAGCUCACCGGCUGACGCUCCAGCAGCUGGAAGAGCACCGCUGGAUGAAAACCUAGAUUGGAAGAAGGCAGGGAUCCUGAUCUGGAUC